UUACCAUGGCUUCCAAUGUGGUGUACGUUCUGGCAAUGGCGGCCUGCUUGUCUGCGAAGAGUGUCAACCAAGAUGGUUGUUCCCCCUUUAAGUGCAGUCAAUGGUGUAUAUUUGGAUACGUGGAAGUGAACGGCUGUCCAACGUGUAGCUGUUGCUCUCUUCCUACGUGUCCUCCUCCUCCCAUCGACGUGUGUCCCCGCGGCUUCAAAUACGUCAACGGCUGUCCAACGUGCCUUUGCUACUAACGACGACUACAAUUAUGGUCGCCGAAAUAUGCAUACAGUCU